AUUGGGCUAGUGCAAACAUUGUCGCAAUAUUGUCUUUAUAAAUUGACGUGUCAGAAAUUGAUGUUAAAAAAGUUCUGCACAUAAACCGAUUUAUUCAGCCAUAAAGUGGAUGGAGUUCUUGAAAAGUGGCAUCAAGACCGUCUUAGGCGGCACAGAGCCAGGGCAACAGCCCAGCGCUGCAGAGACGGUUGAGAAGCUGGUGGAUCGAAUUUACUCCUCUACGUUGCUGGAGGACCGUCGAGAUGCUUGUCGGGCCCUCAAGGCGUUGUCGCGCAAGUACCGCAUCGAAGUCGGCGCCCAGGGCAUGCCACCUCUCGUUCAGGUGCUCCAAAACGAUGGGCAGGAUACAGAGAUUAUAAGCUAUACCCUGGACACCCUCUGCAAUAUUGUCACCAGCGAGGAGUUCGAGGAGGAGGCUGACAACCCCACUGUCUCGGUGAAUGUCGGCGGCCAGUUUACGGAGAUGUUCAUCAAGACUCCAGAGAAUGUCACCAUGGUAAUGGGCUAUCUGGACGAGUACGAUUUCCGGGUGCGCAGAGCAGCCAUUCAGCUGAUCACCUUGCUAAUAUCAAACAAUACGCGCGAGCUGCAGGACCUUAUCCUCGUCAGCCCCAUGGGAGUCUCCAAGCUGAUGGACCUUCUAACAGACAGUCGAGAGGUCAUUCGCAACGACGUCCUUCUGCUGCUCAUCGAGCUGACCAAGGGAAACUCGAAUAUACAGAAAAUUGUGGCCUUCGAAAAUGCCUUCGACCGUUUGUUCGAGAUUAUCCGAGAGGAGGGCUGCUCCGAUGGCGGGAUUGUAGUGGAAGACUGCCUCAUACUGCUGCUGAACCUGCUCAAGAACAACUCUAGCAACCAACAGUUCUUCAAGGAGGGCAGCUAUAUCCAGCGCCUGGCCCCCAUGUUCGUCCUGGCCGAGGAAGUAGAGGAGGCCGGCUGGUCCCCGCAGAAGAUGUCAAAUUUCCACUGCCUGCUCCAGGUGGUGCGCGCCCUGGUCACUCCUAGCAACCAGCAGCAAGUAGUCACCGCCUGCCAGCGCGUCAUGCAGAAGUCCCAGCUGCUAAACGCUCUCUGCGAAAUCCUUAUGAGUAGCGGAGUGCCGGCAGACAUUCUCACGGAGACUAUCAACGCCGUCGCGGAAGUAAUUCGAGGCGAUCGCGACAACCAGUGCGAGCUCAGUCGUGUGAUGGCCCCCAGCAAUCCACCGCGCCCAGCCAUCGUGGUCCUGCUCAUGUCAAUGAUCAACGAGAAGCAGCUGCUGGCUCUGCGCUGUGCAGUGCUCUACUGCUUCGAGUGCUUUCUGUACAGGAACGCCGAUAUUCAAAGGGCGGUGGUGCAAACCCUGCUUCCAUCGAGUGCCACAGAUGUGGGCUCAUUAUCGACGGGCCAGUUGCUCUGCACCGGGCUCUUCUCCAGUGAUGCCCUAGCCAACUGGUUCUCGUCGGUGGCCAUCAUGCACACCCUUGUGGAGAACGUGGCGCUGAAGGAGGAGCUUCUGCGCGUUCUGCUAGCCCCGACGGGGGGACAGCGCCCCAACACUCUACUUGAGAUGUGCACCAAUUUGAUGCAGCGAGAGCGGACUCGCCUGCAGAGCAAGGUUGGGCUGCUAAUGCUCCUCAGCGUAUGGCUAGCCCAUUGUCCUGGCGCGGUGAAGGCUCUGCUCGAGACGCAGGGCACCACAGUCUAUCUGACCGCCCAGCUUUGCUCCAACGAGCAUGACGAGCGUGAAUUCCUGUUUCAGGGCAUGUGCGCCUUCCUCAUGGGUCUUUGCAUCCAGUUUAACGACAACUCUCUGCCCAAUCAACGACGCGAGGACAUCAGCCAGCUGAUCAUCAAGCGCAUUGGCCAGGAGACCUUCUGCAACAAGUUGGGCGAGGUCUCGCGGCACGAGGCCUACAGCCGGGCCUGCAAACAGGCCCAGAUCAGGGCCAAGUGCGCCGGCGAGCUUCUGCUCGACUAUGAAUACUGCAAACUCUAUAAGGGCCUGGAGGCAUUGAUUGCCAAGCUGGUAAGCGGGUUCGACGUGGAUGGAAUAGAGCUCACUGAGCUGACCCUCAGCUCGGAAGCCUCGGCUCUGGUGUCCCAGUACAAGGGCAUUAUCCGCGGCAUGGACGCCCAGAUUCAGACUCUCCAGCAGUCUGCGAAGGAGCUGGACCAAGAAAACGUCGAGUUGAGGGAGAAGCUGAGGAAGGAACAGUCAGUCAGGGCUCAGCUCUCUGAUCAGAAUACCCUGCUAAAGGCUCAGCUUGGAGCAACGGGCCAGACUUCAUUUGAAAGGCAGGAGACAUCCCAGGACAGAGAGGAGGAGCUGAACGCGGCCAGAUAUCAGGCCAACAUGUACUUUGCGGAAAAUAUUCGGAUCAGCAAGGAAAUGGAGAUGCUACGCCAGCAUCUCGCGUCCGAAAAACAGCGAGCAGAUGCUGCCCAAGAAUCGCUUCUGGUCACCCAAAAGGAUCAAGAGGAUCUCCUCGAGCUCCUCGCCGACCAGGAGCUCAAACUAGCAUGCUUCGAGAAGAACACGACGUCGAAAUCAACUGAGAACCAGAGCCAAGCCCACUCCGAAACUUCGUUGCUGGAGGGGGUGCCAAGCGAAACUGCCAGCAGAUAAAGACCACCACCAUAUUCAGAUCGGAAUUAAGAUGGAAGAGAUUUUGACCAUGCAUUCAAAGUCAGAACGAUUGCUUGACUGUCGCCAACCUCAAUGAACAUGCAUACAUAUGUAUAAACAUACAUUUUAUUUGUUUUUAUUGAUACACUUACCAACCUACAUACAUACCUACAAAAAUAUAUACAUACAUACUGAUAAAUGCGUGCUUAGAGCGAAAUGCAA